GAAAGCAAUCGUUCAAUGUAUUGAUGUAUUGCUCUCUAAUAUCUGAGAGAUGGAAAUGAAAUAAACUCAAUAAACACUGCAAACCAUUCACUAUUAUAUGGCAAACGAAUAAUGUCUGGAAUCCCGCAGAAUUCAGUCCCCAUUAAUAAUAACGAAUUGAUUGUCACGAAUGGCAACAAUAAUUGUCCGCAUUCUGUCUUAUCUGACGAGGAAUUGAAGCUUUUGGCCAAACUUGAGGAACAGAAUCGUAUAAUUGAAACCGAUGUCAAAGCUCUGAAUUCGCUUCAAUCCAAUUCGGGUCAUUCGCGCCGGUCGUCCGACACGAGUCAGGUGUCAGAGAUCUCUCAAAUGAACUCCGAGUCCAACGAUCAGGACUUGUCUAACGGUAGAGACGUUUGGCAGAUAUGGGGACAACUGAUCAACGACUGGAACAAUCAGUCCAAAAAGAAUAAGACAUUACAGGAAUUGGUUCGUAAAGGCAUUCCGCAUCACUUGCGAGGAAUGGUAUGGCAGUUGUUAUGCAACGCUCCAAACUGCUCCGUCCGCGACCAAUACAGCGAUUUCUUGCGCCAGUCCUCUGUCUGCGAGAAAGUCAUUAAGAGAGACAUUGCGCGCACUUAUCCCGAACACGACUUCUUCAAAGAGAAGGGCAGUCCCGGACAGGAAGGCCUCUUCAACGUCAUGAAAGCCUAUUCAAUACACGACAGCGAAGUUGGUUACUGUCAGGGAAGCGCUUUUCUGGUGGGAGUCCUUCUGCUCAAUAUGCCUGAAGAGGACGCAUUCGCAGUGUUUACUUGUCUUAUGCAAGAUUACCGGCUCCGGGAGAUGUAUAAGCCCACGAUGGCUGAGCUCGGCCUUUGUAUUUACCAAUUGGAGUGUAUGGUUCAGGAACUGCUACCGGAGCUGUAUAUGCACUUUCAGUCGCAGAACUAUCACACGUCUAUGUAUGCCAGCAGUUGGUUCCUCACACUCUUCACCUCAUGCCUACCCCUUCACAUCGCAUACCGUGUUUUGGAUCUCUUUCUCUACGAUGGAAUCGAAAUGAUUUUUCGCAUUUCUAUCGCUAUAUUAUUGUUAUGCAAAGAAGACUUACUUCGACUCGAUAUGGAAGGGCUGCUGAGAUAUUUUCAAAAGGAGAUGCCGUCCAAAUGCGAGACUGACCCUGAUUAUUUAGUUAACCUCUGCGUUCAAGUGAAGUACGACCAAAAGAAGAUGAAAAAAUUAGCCAAAGAUUAUCAAACAGUAAAGGCUAAGGAACAGGAAGAGUUGGUUGAGCUGAGGAGAUUACGGACUGAGAAUCGAUUACUUCGACAGCGAAUCGAGAACUUAGAGCACGAGAGCGCCGAAUUGGCCGAUAAACUGAUUCAGGGACAGGUGUGUCGGGCACAGGAGGCUGAAGACAACUUUGUCAUCAAACGAGAGUUGGCUGCCAUUCGACAGCAGGAGUUGGAGGCGAAGAACGAGUUGGAG